AUUUUGCAAAUAUAUACGUAAGGAAAAUGGCAAUGAGAAAAGCAUUUACAGGUGGAGCCUGUGCUCCAGGUGGGGAGCAACAAACAAUGGGUAAUAAUGCAAUGACUAAUAUGAUGGACUACAUGAUUAGUGGAGGAGCCAAUGCUGCACAAAAGGCAGAAGGAUUUGCUCCGCAAAUUGAUUCUGCAAAUGUUGCACAGAUGGAAGCAGCUUAUGCUGACCAGCAGAAGAUGGAAGCAAUGGAAAAGCAGUUUGAUGCUAUGAAUAUGAAUCAACAGGUAAUGCCUCCAGCCCCAAUGCCACAGAUGGAAGCUAGCCAGUCUAAUAUUGAUCAAAUGAACAAUCUUUGGGAUCAACCAACUGAGAAGGUCAGUCAAGUAAAUAUGGAAAAUCUUGAAGGAAAAUUCUCUCACAUGCCUACUCAAUCACAUCACAUGAUGGGAUUCCCAGGAAUGAUGGGUCCAAUGAUGCAUCAUCCAAUGGGAAUGGGUCCUCAAGGAAUGGCUCAUAGAGCCCAAGAGUCAACAGAAGAAGUUAAGGUAGAAGAAGUACCUGAAGUAGUUAAAGAAGACAGCCAAAUGUUAAAAGACGAGCUGAAAGAGUCAACUGCAUACCUGAUUAACAGAUUGAGUCAAGUCCCAAGCCAGAAGAUGAAGAAUAGUCAGUUCAUGGGAUUUUUAAAACAACUCAACACUGGUGCAUUAGACUUCGAUGGACAAGGCCUUAAAGAGAAUCCAGAGAAAAUGAGAGAAUAUGAAGAACUUAAGCAAACAGAAGACAAAAUGAACGCAGAGAAUAUCAAAAGUAAAAUCGAUGCAAUUAUUGAAGAAACUGUAGAUCCUGAGAGAUAUUACGCACAAGAAGGACUUACACAACAGAAAGAUCCCCUUGCUGAUUUUGAUCCACAGAGCCUAUUUAGAGAUACCUGGGAUGCAGGAGAGAUGAAAGAAGAAGAACUCCAAGAGAUGAUGGCUAACUGGAAAGCACAUGCUAUGAAAAGUGAAGAGUACUACCAAGAAACUCUGACCCCUCCCCCUGUCGAGACAGUUAUUCAAGUACCCAAAGUGGAUCAUUUUAAGUUUGAAGAAGAUAAUCCAUAUUCAAGCGUCGAUGACGCAUAUGCAUUAGCAAUUAAACUUAAUGAAGAAUUGAAGGUGCAUGAAGCAAUUUUGGCUCUUAAAGCUCAUCUUACUAAAGAACCUGAGCAUGCUCCAAGUUGGAGGAUGCUUGGACAACUUUACCAAGAGAAUGAUGAAGAUGACAAAGCCAUUGCAUAUCUAUUGAAGGCUUAUGAGCUAGAUCCUUAUGAUUGAGAAUCCUUGCUUUACCUAGGAGUCUCAUGUGCUAAUGAGUUGACACCUAAAGUUGCUAUGAAUCAUAUUCUAGAUUGGCUAAGAUACCAUCUUGACUACAGUGAUCUCCCAAUCCCUCAGGAACAUAUUGAAGACCAAGACUUGCUCCGAGAUGAGCUCAGAGGACUUCUAAAUCAAGCUCUGGCCAAGAACCCAGGAGAUGUUGAUGUACUCAUAUGUCUUGGAGUUGUAGAAUUUGCUGAGAGAAAUUACAGUGGAGCUGCAGAGCAUUUUGGAAAAGCAGUAGAAAGAGAACCAAAUAAUUACAACUAUUGCAACAAGUAUGGAGCUGCCCUUGCAAAUCAUCUCAGAACAGAUGAGGCACUCCAGAUGUACGAUAGAGCUCUGGCUCUCAGGCCUAAUCUUGUUAGAACUUGGGCUAACGUAGGAGUCGCCUACUGAAAUCAAGACAGAUAUGAAGAAGCAGCUGGUAAAUUUAUGAACGCUAUCGCUCUGAACCCAGAGGCUGACCACCUAUGGAAGCAUCUCCACGCUUGCUUCUGGGCUCUAAAAGAUUUCGAAAAAUGAGAGCAAGUAAAGAAAAGGAAUAUUGAAUACUUUCGUGGGGAGUUCGAUAUCAUCAACCCAGAGAUGUUACAAAAGAAUGAGAUAUAA